ACAUCAACUGAAGACAAUCCUAUCGACGAAGAAGAACGAAAAAGACAUUUGGAUCAGCUAUUAAAAGAAGGUUUGGAAUAUUUAGAUUCUGCUUCCGGUAUGCCUUCUGGUCGCCUGCAAAGCGCCAGUGGAAGCCGACCUGGAACUCGAGGCGGCUCUGGGUUCAUGGUAACGUGUUCAGUUUGUCUUUUACUGUUCAUACAUUUGGUAUGGCCUCAGUUGGGUAACAGUGGAAUUUGUCGGAGCAACAGAUAA